AUGACAACCUUCAGUAAUGUAUUCUACGUGUUGGAAGAUAAUGGUCGACGGAUCCACACCCGAAGUUUCAUUGAAACCCUAGCUACGUUCGAUGUUUCUAAUAUUUUGCCUAUUGGAAGUAUAAGUGAAAUGAAAGACGCGUGCGAUCGGAUUCCCUCCAGAAGGAACUUCCUGGUUGCUGCUGCGGAUAUCGCCCAGUCUAUUCCGGAGAAAGAGUACAAAUCUGUGUCUAACUUUGGAGGCGCGUUGCUUUACUGCGGUCCGCAUGAGGAGUAUUUCGCCCGGUGGGCCAUGGGCUGUCCAGAAGUGGUUUUGUUCCUGACACACAACUUUAAAGAGUUGCGCCGCGCAGUGGUAUGGCUAGCAGCCGACGGCUCCUUUGGGCCGUCGGGGGAUCCGAUUGCCCCGCCGGAGACAAAGCUGCCCCGUCAGCAACAACAGCAAUUAAGACGUCAAGCGUUCGUGCCUGAGAAUCUGGACCCGUCGAUCACGUUAGAACGCCCGACGGUGCCGGAACGGGCGUUCACCAGUGAGGAGUUGGUCGACGAUGCCCGCAGCUAUGCCCGGCUGGUCCCGGCGUGCCCUAGCGGACUCGGCGGCGGUAUCCACCCCAUGCUCUCACUCCAGCGGUUGCCACCGCGCAAUGACAACCCCAUGAGCGCGCGCUACGGGGCCAUGGACUACCGACCCAGCGCUCCAGAACUCCAGAGAGACCUUCGGCCUGCAGAGCCGUACUGGAACGGCCGAGUCCUCUCUUCGUCCUCUGCCUUGUCGGCGCUGCCGAAGCUCCCCGACUCGUUCGCUGCGACUGAGCCGUUCACCGACAAGGGGGCCCCUGAGCCGUUCGCCGACAAGGGGGGGCUCGCGGCAGACGCUGUUCAGCAGUCAGUGGCUGAGCAGCUGUGCUCGGCGCCGCUUAGCGAGGCCCCCGCGCGGCACUGCUCCGAUAGCUCCCCAGGCUCGUCUGCAUUGCUGCGAGAUCCCCGGGAGAUAUCGAGCAUGCCGGCGGACAGUCUAGUUUGCUCCGACGACUCCGCUGACGAUAGCACCCGACAGCUCGCGAAGGCGCUCGCUAGUACUCUCGACUCGCCCGCUUCCUCCAAUUGCGACUCCGACGCCGCCGCCGCCACACACGUGCGAAAGCGCGCACCGCGCCUCUCCACCAGUACCACUGCCUCCCACGGUGACGAACUACUUGGUCUCGAUCGUGACCAGUCGCUCGAGGAACUGCUAGCCCUCGUGCAGGCACUCAGUGUCGAACUCCCAAUAAAAAAUGCCAACCCAUUAUAG